AUGAACUGUACACAGGCAUAUUCACAUUACUUCCAUUUCCCAAAGGGUAAAUCCAAAGAAUAUUCUGAUCUACGAAAUUACAUUACAAACAAGUAUGGAAACAUCACCACGAUAUUGCUCCUUGUUUUCAUCGUUUCAAUACCAGCAUAUAAUUACAUGGUGGUGAAGAAUUAUAGAUCAAAAUUCCACUACCUACGAUCAUUUAAUUCCAAUUUGAACCAUUACAUACUUCACCAACAUCAUCCAAAUUGUGUAACGGCUUCUUGGAAGGACAAACUAUUAACAACGGUAGCAGCCACAACUAAAGCCAUUGCUUUCAAGAUACUUUUACAUUAUUCGACAAUUGUGCAGUUGAGUUUUUGGAUCUGCUUUUUAACCUCAUUGUCGCUCAUAGAUAUUUAUCAUGGAGAUCUCAUAUUCUUGGCCAAAAGGCUAGGGAGGGUAUCGGCUAAUUGUCUUCCAACCGUUUUGUUUCUCACAUUAAGACCUUCACCUUUGCCAAACACACUUUAUUUGACACUUAUCCCCAUUCACAAAUGGCUAAGCCGGUUGAUAAUUCUCCAAGCUGUGAUUCACACGUUGAUAUAUCUUGCAUAUUUCAAUAGGAAUGGAACAUGGGCCAAAGCUAUCAAGGUGGAAAACAUCUAUGGUUGGGUGGCGUUGGCUGCAUUUUUGAUGAUAAUUGUGACCUCAUUGUCAAGAUUCAGAGUCAAGUGGUACAAGAUGUUUUACUUCUUGCACUACACUUGCACGUGGAUAAUUGUGUUUACGUUGCAAGUACACAUCAGGCCACAGCCUUUCACAUUAUACACCAUUGCUAACUGUUUGAUAUUAAUUGGCCAGAUAAGUUACAGAGUUUAUCUAACUAGAGUUUCCCAAAAGGACGAGGUCAGGGUCAUUGAUGUGUCACCCAAUUUGGCGCUCAUUGAAUUCCCCAACACUUUGAUUGCAAAACCGGCAUCAGCUCCCGGUGCUCAUAUUCGCUUGACCAAUUAUAGCUCUAGCUUAAUAGUGAGGAUAUUCAAACAACUAAUCCCCAACUACCAUCCAUAUACUUUGGUAUCAUUACCACAAGAUCGAGUGCAGAAAUUGCUUAUUCGAAAGAGUAAUUUUCGGCUUUACAACGGCCAUAGAUAUUUGAUUACAGGCACUUACGAUCCCCAUUUACUAUUUCUAAACUACAAACAAACCUCGCUGAACAAAAAGUUCUCAUUGGCUAAGCUACACGUGGAUGCGAAAAGAAUAUUGAUCGUUGUUGGAGGGUCAGCUAUAUCGUUUGCCCUUCCUAUCCUUCGAGUCAUGAAUUACCAUGGGAUACCAACCAAGGUGGUGUGGGUUAUAAAAGAUUUUCGUGAUGUCUUGGUUCUCAAAUACUUUGAUGGUAUCAUACAUGGCGAUGAUUUGGAGAUUUUCAUUACUGGUAAUGAAACAAUCCAAGAGCUGGAACAACAAUUGAGGAAUGCUUAUAGCUACGCUUCCAAUUUGAGUAAAAAGUCUGCCGCUCCUUCGGCCCACUACGAUUUGGAGAAUGAGGAGACUCCGUUGCUAGGGGGAGCUGAAAAUGCACAAAUGGUGACUUUAAAUCGUGAGAAUCAAGAUGAAGAUGUUGAGAUUGUGGUCAACUCAGAUGACGAUAAUGAUGGUGAUGAUGAUGACAACUCAAAUUGUACACGGCAUGAAGUUACCUCGUUAUGCAGACAAUCCUCCCCUGAGCAAUUUGCUGAUCUUGACGAAGUACUCGGUGAAGAUGCGAGCUCGUUGGAGCAAGGCAAUAAUUUGGAUGAAUUUGAAGUGACAAAUGAUACCAUCAAUACUCGACGUCUGUCAUUUAGGUCAUCCAUGAAUGAGCCAUUUGUCCCAUUAUCAGGCUAUGACUCAACUGAUCAAGUCAAAUCUUGGGUCACUGAAUUCAAAGAAACAACGCGGAGAUUAAACGUUGAUAAGAGGAUAUAUAAAGGACGCCCAAAGCUAAGCCACCGAUAUUACAACUGGUGUAUCAACGAAAGAUUCACUCAAUGCUCAGGCCCAGUGGAAGAUGAGAAUCAUAAUCUUAUUUGCUGUCGAGACCUACCACGCAACAAAGUUGUUCAAGAAGAUAUCAAUGCUGAAAAAAUUUGGGUGAUUGGAGCUGGUCCACGACAAUUGGUUGAAAAUGUGAAGUUAUGGUCAAGUGAAAAUGGGUUGAAAUUUCACGAGGAGGCAUUUUAUUCGUAA